AUGAAUGAACAAGUGGACAGUUCAAUGAUAUUUAAGUUGUUGUUCAACACGGAAGUGAAAUGGAAAGAUACGAAAUCAUAUAUUGAAUGUCAACCUUUAAGACAUCAGAAAUCCAAUACUUUUCAACGACAUGAAAUUAAGAAAUUUCUUCGCACCACUUUGAGGCUUCUCGAAAAGUUGUUGCAAAGGGAAUGUGGCUCAUUUGAAUAA